AUGGCUACUACUCUGGCUCAUGGUGUAAAAACUUUAACUACUCAUGAAUCCCCAUCUUCGUUUCAUAGAUCAGUUGGAUCUCAUAACACCACAACUACUCAUAGAACAGAUGGAUCUGAUAAUGAAAGAAAGACAUAUAUUGUAUACAUGGGAGAUGCACCGGAGACCGGAAUUCCUGCUGUGGAUGAUCAUCACAAUCUCCUUAUUAAUGCGAUUGGAGACGAGCAAAUUGCGAGAGAAUCAAGAAUACAUAGCUACGGGAAGAGCUUCAAUGCGUUCGCCGCAAUGUUAUUGCCUCAUGAAGCAGAGCAAUUGAAGGACAAGGAGGGGGUAGUGUCUGUGUUUCUAAGCAAAAUAAAGAAACUUCACACCACAAGUUCCUGGGACUUUAUAGGGAUGCCUAUGACUGUGAAGAGGAACCAUUUGAGGGAGAGUAAUGUCAUUGUGGGUAUAUUAGAUUCAGGAAUUUAUAUGCAGUCUGAGAGUUUCAAUGAUGAAGGUUUUGGACCUCCCCCAACAAAAUGGAAGGGUAAAUGCCAAACAGGACCUAAUUUCCCUGGCUGCAACAAUAAGGUGAUAGGUGCAAGGUACUAUAACCUAGACCCAACAUUGAACAUAACAGAUCCAUUAUCACCAGAAGAUAGAAAUGGUCACGGGACACAUACGGCGUCGACGGUGGCCGGAAACCCGAUCUCCGGUGCCAAUUACUAUGGGAUGGCUGAAGGGAUAGCAAGAGGGGGUGUACCAUCAGCACGUCUUGCCAUUUACAAGGUGUGCUGGGGUGAAUUAUGCUCUGAUCUGGAAAUCUUAGCUGCGUUGGAUGAUGCCAUUGAUGAUGGGGUGGACGUGAUCUCUAUGUCCCUUGGUGGACAACCUGACUUAUAUUACAAAGAUGCAAUUGCCAUUGGUACCUUCCAUGCGAUGAGAAAGGGAAUCUUCACUGCUUGUUCAGCUGGAAAUGAGGGACCCGAUGAAAUGUCUGUCACUAAUGCUGCUCCUUGGAUCAUGACCGUUGCUGCUAACACCAUUGAUCGUCGCUUCAAGACUUAUAUGAAGUUGGGCAAUGGUUUGAUGGCCUCCGGAUAUAUUUCAAUUAAUACAUUUUCACCAGAAAAGACAUCUUACCCUCUAAUCAGUGGAACCCUUGCGAGGAAUGCCAGUUUUCAUGAUAAAUAUUUAAACGCAAGGUUUUGUGAUGUUGGAACAUUGGAUGCAAGCAAGGUGAAGGGAAAGAUUGUGUAUUGCUACAUGGCUGAUCCAUACUCUGUAUCAGGAUUGCACACUGCUGGAUUCAUCAACGCAGCAGUUUCCAACGAUACACUUAUCGACACUGCUUAUGACUUUGCUACACCGACAGUCUAUGUUGAUGCAAAUCUUGAUGCCCUGAUUGAUCGAUACAUUAACACUACCAGAAACCCACUUGCCGUUAUAUACAAGAGUUAUGUACAAAGACAACCUGCAUCUCCAUUUUUAGCUUCCUUCUCAUCUCGUGGACCUGAUACGAUCUCUAGAAGUCUCCUCAAGCCGGAUAUAAGUGCACCAGGGGUGGACAUACUAGCUUCAUGGACUAUGUUAGCUACUCCAACAGGUUCUGACGAUGAUAAACGCCAUUACCAUUAUAACAUAAUAUCUGGUACAUCAAUGUCUUGCCCUCAUGUUGCUGCUGUUGCUACAUAUAUCAAGACCUUCCGUCCUCACUGGUCACCGGCCGCAAUCAAGUCCGCCCUCAUUACCACCGGUGAUCCUCAGGGGGGCUUACUUCAUCUUGAUGGUUUGGGUUAUGGGGCAGGUCAGAUUGACCCAGUACGAGCGGUUCAGCCUGGUUUGAUCUACGACCUUGACCUAAAUUCCUAUAUAAGCUACUUAUGCAAGGAAGGCUACAAUGAGACAACCCUUGGUUUGCUCUCUGGGACCAAAGACUUGUCAUGCAAAGGGAAAAUUGAAGAGGGUUAUGAUGGGCUUAACUAUCCUUCCAUGAAUCUCAACCUUGAGAACAAUAAGCAUAUUUCAGCUGUGUUUAAAAGAACAGUGACCAAUGUAGGGUUUCCUAAUUCAGUGUAUAAGGCAACAGUGAAGACACCACCUGGUCUCAAUGUCAAAGUGAUCCCAAACACUUUGAUCUUCAAAUCUCUUCAGGAGAAGAAAACCUUCAAGGUUGUGAUGAAGGGAGCUGUUCUUAAGGGUAAUGACACAAGAGUUUUGGAGGCAUCACUGGAGUGGAAUGAUAAAUGGCACAAGGUCAGAAGUCCCAUUUUGGUUUAUAGGCCUGAUGCUAAAUAUUGGGGGUAA